AGUUUAGUUACCAAGUCAGCCAUAUUUGCAAAUCAGUUAUGAUAUUUCCUGUUAACAGUCGACAAACAGUAACUGUUGCUGUAUACGUGUCGCUGUCAUAUUCAUCAACUGCAUCAUGUCGUCGGCCGCGUUCGAUGACUACAUCCGGCGUUCCCUCGAAAACACACUAUGCGGCGAGGAAGUCCAGCGCGUCUACGGUAUGACGUGCAAAGGCCAAGCGUAUGUUUUUAUUAUAACCAAGGUUUUCUGGCAUGCCGUAUACUGGUUUGCCGAACCGGAACCGCUGCAUGAGGACACUAGUUCGGAGAGAUACGGAGCGUUGGUCCGGUUUAAUAACAAGGAAUGGAACGGAGAAUUCUUGGCGUAUAAACAAUUUCUGGUCUUAGACAGAGCGGAAGCAUGGAUACGCAGCAUGCAACGAGAACUGGGGGAUCCAGCUCAGUUCACGGGGUUAAAGUUUCUCGCGUUCCGCGUUCGUGAACUACCGCCUGAUUGUGCCCGCUAUCCAGAUACGUUUUUACAGCCAGGUGAUCAUAUUCGAGGGCCAUUUGCUGGAAAAGAAUAUCACGAAGGAAUCUACAUUGGUCAAGGGCAGGUGGUGCACUUUUCUGGUCAGGGAAACGAUGAGCCUCAGUCGGAUUCCAAAACACAUACUUUAGUGCAAAGAAAACUGAAUGCCGGGGUUCGCUUAGGCGAAUUUUAUCCGGAUUUCGUUAACAGCUACGAUGAUAAAGUGGAAAUUAUUGAAUAUCGUUUGCGCUUGCGUAGCCCGGAAGAGAUCGUCGCUGCCGCCAUCGAUUAUGCGGCGGAAAAAUUCUCUCUCGGCGAUUACAAUCUGGUGCAAAAUAACUGUCAACAUUUCGCUUCCCUGUGCGCCACUGGACUCCGGGUGAUGUGCGGGGAUAUGCUGUAUCGCACCGGCACUAUUCGAAAUGGCCUAGUCCGACUCCAAGUUCCGGAACCUAUCGCCAACCGUGUAUCCGGUUACAAACCGCGGGGAAAGAAGAGCUGAUUCCAGACCUUUCGGUCUUCUCCAGUUUUCGCACAGGAGAAAUCGAAUGCUAUCGACAAGCUAAAAUGGAGACAUUACUCACUUGGCCAUCAAGUUACUGGAUUCACACAUUCACGAAUGAGCGCAAAUAUUUACCCGGACCAAGACCUAUGAAGUUAGCUGCGGCAUAGAGCUAGCUGCUGAUGCUUCGCUAAGUACAUGAAAAUGUAUUAUAUAUAAAAUUCUGCAUUGUGGUUUAUUUUAUCAAUUUUAUUUAUAUUUUUUGAUUGUAGCUUUACAUAUCCAGCAGCUGCCAUAUUUUUCUCGAAGAAUGUGUUACGAGUUCUUUAACUACAGAAGACCGAUAGCAUAAUCGUGGGUAA